ACGUUUGCGAUCGUGACCUGCUGCGUGGCCACCAUCGUCGCUUGCAUAUGGUCCGAUAUUCAUCCCGAUGUCGUUUAUCCUACUGACAGCGCCUGGAAAGCCCGACUUCUUCGAAGCGGUUUCACGAUGACCGCGCUCUUAACUCAGGAAUUGUACGUGUACCAGGCAGCUCUUCAAUGGCAAGCCGCA